CAGAUUCUACAGGUGACUUCACUCCAAAUCAAUAACCAGGGAGUUAUUGAAUGUUCAGGAUGAAGUUGCAAUCCAUUUUAGUGACUUUUGUCUUACUGAUCGGCUGGUGUUACCCGUCUACAGCCUCUGAUGAACACCCAGAUGUUGGACAUGAUGAGGAUGUACACCCCAAUACCCUCACAGAAACAAACGGGGAUGUUCUGGACAUUGAUAUCCUAACAAGCAGGGAUGUACCUGACACAAACACUGAAACAAACUGGGACGACAACAACAAGGACAACUAUGAGGACGCUGAUUGGCAUCCUCCUUCCUCCCUCUUGGAAACAGACCACGACCUGCACCCAGACUUCCCGCCGGUGAUACGCAGUGGCAACACUGGUGUUACCAACAGUGCCAACCAAACCUUCAACCGGACUAUUAGUAGUUCAUCAGCACAGUGCGGUGAGUACAGCAGCCAGCUGAUGUCUAACGGCCAGUGCCGGCUGAUAGCAACGCUGCCUCCAGUGCCGGUGGGAACGUCACAGAAGCGUUGCCCAGAUAUGUUCCGCUGUACAGACGAUGUCUCAAAUUGGCUUCACGAGAACCAGAACAGAAAGGAGCAACUGGAGGAGCUAAGAGAGACAAUGUCAGAGCUGCAGGAGGAGCUGAGGAACCACCGGCAUCGAGUCAAGGUCCUGGAGAUGCAGGAUGGAGAAAGUGUUGGUUUAAACUCAACCUUUGACCAGCGGUUGCAUUCUCUGGAGUUGCGUUACACCAAGGCCGACACAUUGCUCCACGUGCACGCAGCGCUGCUGUACGAGCUGCAGGAGCAGCUCCACAACCUGUCAGACACCGUGGAGCGCAUGAGCCGCAACACGGGCUGCACGAUCAACGUAAUCAGAACCACACCGCUGCUCGGCAUGCGUGACACACUGCCACCAGAUGGACAGCACCUGUCUUUCUGUCCAUCGGACUGUGCAUCUCUGUAUCUCAAUGGCGUUCGUCGCUCUGGUGUUUACAACAUAGUCCUGUCGCCAGGCGCCACCCUGCCUGUCUACUGCGACAUGGAGACCGAGGGUGGGGGCUGGACGGUGUUUCAGCGGCGGCGCGAUGGCUCUGUGAGUUUUAACCGCGGCUGGUCGGAGUACCGCAGUGGGUUUGGCGAGCCGCUAGGAGAACACUGGCUGGGCAACCAACAACUCCACCUGCUGUCCAACCAUGGCCAUUACAGCCUCCGCAUUGACCUGCAUGACUGGAGCCACGCCCACAGAUACGCCCUGUACCACACCUUCAGAAUAGAGGAUGAGGAGAACCAGUACCGCCUCCAUGUGUCUGGUUUCAGUGGAACGGUGGAGGAUUCGUUCGGUUGGUACCACGACCAGCAGGGCUUCAGCACUCCAGACACGGGAAACAUCUGUGCCGAGAUCAGCCACUCCGGUUGGUGGUUCCACCAGUGUUUCUACGCCAACCUCAAUGGCGUCUACUACAAGGGGGGGCGCUACUCUUUGAAAGCCAAGAACCUACUCGGCCCGGACGGCAUUGUCUGGUUCUCCUGGAAGGAAUCAGACUUCUACUCUCUGAAGGCGGUCACCAUGAUGAUACGGCCACGCCACUUCAGACCACGCUUGUCGCCAUAG